AUGGCUUCCCAUCCACCUAGCACCUGUUGUUUACAAUCCACUCUUCACGAGGGUACACCUGUUGGAAAACAUGUUGAACUAUUUGGUUUGAAUACUUAUGUUACCGGUGAAGAGAGUGAUAAAGUUGUCGUGAUCCUUACCGAUAUCUAUGGUAAUAAAUAUAACAAUGCUUUAUUAAUUGCCGACCAAUUUGCCAAAGCUGGUUAUUAUACUUUGAUUCCAGAUAUUUUGAAAGGUGAUGAUUGUGUUUCUGGCGUUACUGAUCUUCAAAAAUGGUUUCCAUAUCAUACUUCAGAAAUUACUAGACCAAUUGUUGAAUCCUUUUUAGAAAAAUUGACAAGCUCAAUUGAUACAAAAUUUAUUGGUUUAGUUGGUUAUUGCUUUGGUGCUAAAUAUGUUGUUCAACAAUUGACAAGUUCCACCAAAAUCACAGCUGGUGCAUUGGCCCAUCCUUCUUUUGUUACACUUGAAGAAGUUGCUGCAGUUACAAAACCAAUUUUAAUUUCAGCAGCUGAAGAAGAUCCAUUGUUUACUGAUGAAUUAAGAAAACAAACUGAAGAAAAAUUAAAAGAGAUUAAAGCUCGUUAUCAAAUUGAUUUAUUCAGUGGUGUUUCUCAUGGUUUUGCCGCUAGAGGUGAUCCAAAGGACCCUGUUGUCAAGUAUGCUAAGGAAAAAGCUCUUUUUGAUCAAAUUCACUGGUUCAACACUUUCAGUGCUUAG